CAACCUUUUCCAAAUAACAUUCCUAGAGACCUACACAAACCCAACCUCCAUACUCCUUAAUAAAUUAGGCCUUCAUCAAUUAUUGUACUCCGUAAUUUUUUAAUUCAAUGAACCCCUUAUUCUCCAUUAACCACUAAUUUGCAUUUCCUGAUAAGUUAGUAUUUCAGCAGUCUGCUGCAACUCUUCCAGUUGCAAAGAAAAGAUCAAAGUAAAGUCAAGAUAGCGGGUACAAAAGAGAAAACCCUAGGUUUUGCAUCUGGAUCUUCAUCAAGAGUGUUGAAGUAGAAAUGUUAAGCUCAGUAAUAGCACUGUGUUUGGUGGUGCUGGCCUGCGUUGAGCUUGGCGACGCCGCAACCGCUGUGGAUGUUUACCGCCUGAUACAGUACGAUCUCGCCGGUGCUCCAUUCGGAUCUCGAGUCGCUAAUCUUAAUCAUCACGCCGUUUCUUCUCUCUCCGCUUCCAAUGCGGAUCUCUCUCGCACCGUUGUCAUCAUUCCCAUUGCCGACCUUGAUGUUUCUUCCAUUGAAGAUUACAUUGGCCGGAAACAGCCCCUAGGAGGUCUAUUGUUUUUGCUGCCUCGGAUUUUGAAUUCUGGAAAUAGAGAAAACAAACAGGAUGCUGAUCAAUCUGAGCAAGAAAUAAAGAGAGACAAAUUGGUGCUAUUGGAAAGGCUGCUGCUGCAUUCCAACAUACCUUAUCCUGUCUACUUUGCCUACGAGGAUGAACACAUCAAGGCUGUACUGGAUGACGUUAAACGAAAUGAUGCCAUUGGUCAGCCUGCCACAGCAACUACUGGCGGGUACAAGCUUGUUAUUUCAACAUCGGAAGCAAGGAAGGUUUCUUCUCCCAGUAUAACGAACAUUCAGGGAUGGUUGCCAGGAUUGAAGCUAGACGGAGAUUCCAACCAAAUCCCAACAAUUGCUAUAGUGGCAUCAUAUGAUACAUUUGGGGCUGCACCAGCGUUGUCAGUGGGUAGUGAUAGUAAUGGAAGUGGUGUUGUGGCACUUUUAGAAAUUGCGCGGCUAUUUUCAAUUCUAUAUUCAAACCCUAAGACAAGAGGAAGAUACAACUUACUUUUUGGGCUAACUUCUGGUGGACCUUACAACUAUAAUGGAACUCAAAAGUGGCUUCGAAGCUUAGACCAACGUUUGCGCGAGAGUAUUGAUUAUGCUAUUUGUUUGAAUAGUAUUGGUUCAUUGGACAAUGAAUUGUGGCUUCAUGUGUCGAAACCUCCAGAGAAUGCUUACAUCAAGCAAAUUUUUAAAGAUUUUUCUGAUAUUGCUGGAGAAUUGAGGGUUAAGGUUGGCUUGAAGCACAAGAAAAUAAACAUUUCAAAUCCUCGAGUAGCUUGGGAGCAUGAACAAUUUUCAAGGCUCAGAGUGACAGCAGCCACACUUUCUGGCCUCUCUUCUCCAUCCGAAUUUUUGGAGAAUUUCGGAAGCCUUUCUGAUAGCAGGCAAUUUGUUAGUGAAACUGCUAUUCUCAGAGGUGUCAAGUUAGUGGCGGAGAGUCUUGCGAGGCAUAUAUAUGGGCAUGAAGGAAAAAAUAUUCAGAUAUUUGCAGAAAACAGUAGCUUAGCAGUCAAUCCAUCUUACAUAGCUUCAUGGCUGAGUCUUUUAUCGCGGACACCUCGAGUUGCUCCUUUCCUUCCGAAAACUGAUCCGUUCAUUGGUGCUCUCAGAAAGGAAUUGGCAGAGCAUACGGCUGAGGUGAGUGUACAACAUGAGAAUCUUGAUGGAAUUUUCACUUUUUAUGAUUCAACGAAGGCCACUCUAAAUAUUUACCAGGUGGCUAGUGUAACAUUUGACUUGCUGUUGUUGCUAGUUCUGGGAUCAUACUUGAUAGUGCUAUUCAGUUUCCUUGUCAUUACAACCAGGGGUCUUGAUGAUCUCAUCAGUUUAUUUCGAAGACCACCAUCCCGGAAAGUGAAAACAACUUAAUUCUGCAGAAAGGGGGCUAAUUGUUGGACAUCUUAAAGCUUGCUGCACACUCAAAGACAAUGAUGUUUCUUGCAGUCUAGGCUACCGUCAUUUUUUUCCAGCCUGAACCAUAAAUGCUGCAGGUGCAGAUUUGACAUUGCUGGUGCUUUGUAGAUUAAUCUACAAGUAGGAAGAGGCGUCCAUUUCAGAAAGAAAUUUUACAUCUGAGAAUUUGGUGCAUUAUUGACAAGCCUAAGUUUUGUUAAAAUAUGACUAUUGGUCAGUGUUUGGUUUUACCAUCCACAAUUUGAACACCUUUUAUAGUCAAUUUUGUGAUUGUUUCUUACAUAGUACUUUUUCCACUGGGGAAACCAAUCCUAGGCAAAAUAUGAUGUUAACCGGUGGUUUGUAACAGGAGUAGCUAUGAAUUGGUAACACUGACGAAAAGUUUAUCUGCUUCGGUUACAAUUUAUGAGAAUGCAAUUUCCGGAAA